UUCAGUCUUUCAAGUGCAACAUUAUAAAUAACCUUAAACUUUUUGGUUACAUUAAAAAAUUUGGGAAUUACGUAAAUCCUCCUUGGUCAAUUUUCCCAUAUAAUAAUUCACCAUGUCUGAACUUCCAUACGGACCCCCAGUGCGCGUAUCACCUUUAAUCAAGUUUGGCCGUUGGUCAUUCCUUGGAGUUGGUAUCGUAUAUGGUGCAUUCCACCAAAACAGACUGUCCAAGAAGGAAGCUAAGAUCAGGGAAAUUGAAACCAAGGAGAAGGCGAUCAGAGAUGAGAAGUUAAAACAGGAGAGGGCUAUUGCCGCAGCCGCCGAAAUGAAAAAUCUUGAAGAAAUGAUCAACAAGAAGGCAUAGGCUAUAGUCUAAGGUUACAGUGUUGUCAUAUGUCAAAUUUUUUGAUGGCAAACCAAUUCCAUCUUUGUAAUUAUGUUGUAUUUAUGAAAUAUAGGUGAUAACAAAAA